UAGUGCCUAGUAUUAUUGCCUUGAAUUGGUCGUUCACUUGUUCUUGUCCCCCUAUUAAUAAAAUAAGUUGGUGUAAACUAGGCAAUCUUUGUUUAACUUUGAUGUAUGCAAUACAAGUACGAAGCUGAAAUUUAGCCACAAAUUACUACCACUACCAUAAACUCACAUCACAACCCCACUUCUUCUUUUUCUUGAUUAGCUUUGUUAUCAUGGCCGAAUCAUUUGUGUUUGAUAUUGCUGAUUCGCUGCUUGGAAAGCUUAGUUCUUAUGUUUGUGAAGAAGCUUCUCGAGCCUAUGGUGUGUAUGAAGAUCUCCAACGGAUCAAAGACACUUUGGCAAUUGUUAGAGGUCUUCUAUUGGAUGCUGAGCACAAGAAGGACCAGAGGCAUGGGCAGUGUGAAUGGCUGAGGCAGAUUCAAUACAUUUGCUCUGAUGCUGAAUAUGUACUGGAUGGAUUUGAAUUUCAAGACAAACGAAAGCAAGUUGUGGAAGCUUCAUGCAGCACUAGGAUGAAGGUACGCCAAUUUUUUUCUUCCUCUAGUCCACUUGCUUUCCGUUUUAAGAUGGCAUGUCGAAUCAAAGAGAUUAGGGAUAGAUUGAAUAAGGUGGCAGCUGAUGGGACUAGGUUUGGACUUGCAGCAAUUAGUGUUGAUUUAGGACUUGCUGUGCAGAAGAGAGAAAUGACUCAUUCCCACGUUGAUGCUUCAGAUGUGAUAGGAAGGGAGAAUGAGAGGAAUGAUAUUAUCAAGCUUUUGAUGCAGCCACAUCCUCAAGGUGAUGCUGAUGGUGAUAAAAGUUUGUGUGUUAUUCCCAUAGUGGGAAUUGGUGGCUUGGGGAAGACCACACUUGCAAAAUUGGUGUUCAACGAUAAGAGGGUUGAUGAUCUUUUCCAAUUGAAGAUGUGGGUGUGUAUCUCUGAUGAUUUUGAUAUUAGGCAAACCCAUUUUCAUGCCCAUAUUUAUGUGGUAAUUUGGAAAAUAAGAGGACAAGAAAGACAAAGGAAGACAAAAAUAAGAACAAGGUUCAUGCAUCUAUAGAUUGAUGCUACUUGCAAAGGUUUGACAGUUAGAUUAUGCUGCCAACUUCCAGCUUGUUUGGCUACCUACCUAAAUCACGGUCAGCCUUUGUUUAUAUUAUGGCAGACUAGCUAGUGUCAAUACUCCACCAAUUCUCAAUCUCACGCUCAUACCUGAAAAUGAAAAACAUGUAUCUCAAAAAAAUAUUCUAUUGUACUAUUUGAUUUGAAACACGUAGGCGUCCACAUUAUCCAUACCAUUUCUGAUUUUUUUUUAUAUAUUUGGAAAUGCUUCAAUGCAUUAAUAUUUUUUGUACUAUUUUGGCGAGGGCUUCAAAUUGCAACAUCAACUAAAAAAUAUCUAAC